GUCAACCUCUUUCGUAUUCUCGACAAGCCCGAGAUGCUUGCAACCGCCGUCUACGCCUGCUGCAGACUCAGCCCCGACAACCUAGUCAACGGAUUCGAGCGAGCUGAUGGAACCUCAGAGACCCUUAGCCCUGCUGAUCUCGUGCUAUGUCUGAAAGCACAG